CCAAAAGUAACAAGUAAGGAUAAAGCAGAUUUUGAGAGAGCAAUUGCAGAAGCAGAGUUGAAAUUGAAAAACUCUAGGUUGAAGAAAGUCCCAUUGCCUCCUCCUAGUUCAAGUGCAUCAUUAGGUUUAUGUUUUAAUGAACCAGAGGAGAUAUAUGGAUCAAAAAGGAAGAGGUCAACUGCUUUAGGGAGUGGAAGUAGUAGUAACCCUGUUAUGAAAGCAUUUAACAUUGGGGCUCGAGAACGACUAAAUAGUGAGAUAGCUAGAAUGUUUUAUUCAGCAGGCUUGCCAUUUCAUUUGGCAAGAAAUCCUUACUAUGUUAGUGCAUUUACUUUUGCUGCAAAUAACAACAUACAAGGAUAUGUACCACCUGGGUAUAACAUGUUGAGAACUACAUUGCUUCAAAAAGAAAGGAUAAACAUUGAUAGGUUGUUAGAUCCUAUUCGAGGCUCAUGGAGAGAGAAGGGGGUGAGUAUAGUCAGUGAUGGAUGGAGUGAUUCCCAACGAAGGCCAUUAAUAAAUUUUAUGGCUGUUACCGGAGGUGGGCCUAUGUUUCUUAAAGCGGUUGAUUGUUCAGGGGAAACAAAUGACAAGUAUUUUAUUUCCAACUUGAUGAAGGAAGUAAUCAUGGAGGUUGGGGCUAAAAAUGUGGUUCAAGUCAUUACAGAUAAUGCCGCAAAUUGCAAGGCAGCCGGGCACCUAAUUGAAGCACAAUUUCCUCACAUCUUUUGGACUCCUUGUGUUGUGCACACCCUCAAUCUUGCCUUGAAGAAUAUUUGUGCUGCCAAGAAUGUGGAAAAUAAUUCAGUUGCAUUUGAAGAGUGUAAUUGGAUUAGUGAGAUUGUGGGUGAUGUGAUGAUGAUCAAGAAUUUUAUUUGUAAUCAUUCCAUGAGGUUGGCAAUGUACAAUGAGUUUGUGAGUUUGAAACUUCUUUCAGUUGUCGAGACACGCUUUGCUUCUUCUAUUGUCAUGCUUAAGAGGGUCAAGUUGAUAAAGCAAGGUCUCCAAACAAUGGUAAUCAGUGACAAAUGGAGUUGUUAUAGGGAUGAUGAUAUUGGUAAGGCCAAGUUUGUGAAGGAUAAGUUAUUGGAUGAUUUUUGGUGGGAUCAAGUUGACUACAUACUUUCCUUUACUGCUCCUAUUUAUGACAUGAUUAGAGUUUGUGACACCGAUAGACCUUCUCUUCACUUAGUGUAUGACAUGUGGGAUACAAUGAUAGAAAAAGUGAAGAUGGUGAUAUAUAAGCAUGAAGGAAAGCGACAAGAAGAAAAGUCUACAUUCUAUAAUGUAGUACAUUAGAUUCUUGUAGACCGGUGGAACAAGAACAACACACCACUUCAUUGCUUGGCACACUCAUUGAAUCCAAGGUAUUAUAGUGAUGUGUGGCUUCAUGAGGAUCCAAGCCGAGUUCCCCCACAUAGGGAUGAGGAGGUUUGUCUUGAGAGAAAAAAGUGCUUGAAAAGGUUCUUUGAUGAUCCAAUGGAGCGCACUAAAGCAAAUUUGGAGUAUGCUAA